AUGAAGUUCCAAGCCUCGUUCGUGACCCUUCUGGUCGUCGUCAGCGCCGCCAUCUCGGUAGCUGACGCCAAGGCCCCCAUGGCCAACAAGCGACCAUCCAAUCUCAACCGCCGUGAUGAGGCUGCCGCUCUCCAGAAGCGUGGUAGUCUCGGUGGCUUCGCCAAUCGCUUCUUCCGCCGUGAUGGUGGCGCUUAUGGCGACAACCAGGACGCGGAUGCUGGAGGUGACACCGCGAACCCUGACAGUCAAAACGGCAACCAGAGUGGUGACCAGCCUCCUCCCCCUGACACUGACGAUGGCAGCGUGCAACAGGGCUAUGGCAAUGACGAGCGACACCAAGGUCAGCCGCCUCCAUCCCAACCCCAGCCUCAGCCUCAGCCCCAGCCCCAGCCCCAGCCCCAAACUCAACCUCAACCUCAGCCCCAGCCUCAACCUCAGGGUCAGGACUCGCAGCAGCAGCCAAAGACCGAUCAGCAGAAGAAGGACGAGGAAAAGCAAAAGCAAGACGAGCAGAAGCGUCAACAGGAGGAAGCGCAGCGACAGCAGAAGGAGCAGGAGCGUCAAAAGAAGGACGAAGAGAAGGCCAAGCAGCAGUCUCAGGGCGGCAGCCAGAACGGUAACAACCAGCCUAUUGGCUCUGGCAACGGUGGCCAGCCCGUUGCUCCUAACCAGAACCAGGAGACCACUAUCCCUGACAACAGCCAGGGUCAAGGCUCGGGUCCGGACAACUGCCCCAAGUUCCCUAAGAAGGGUGGUGGCGAAACUGAUCAUGCCCCAUGCUUCUCCAAGGACGCCAACCGCAAGGACAUCUGCUCUGCUAUGAAGCAGUUCGGUAUUGAUACCAAGGCCGUUGGGUGCUCCGACGACGAGUGCAGCGAGGACGCCAAGGACUUUUCGAACCACGCUUGCAACAAGAAGAAGCAGUGCGACUUCAACUGGGACAACAGCUGUGACUUCUACCUUCACAUGGGCUUCACUAACGUCGCUAAGUUUGGCUGCGGUGCCCCUAAUGGCGGUGACGACGGUGACUCGUCUCUUCCCAGCGACGAUAGCUCUGCUGGCCAGCAGCCUAGAGAUAACAACCCUGGCCAGCAGCCCGGAAACAACAACCCUGGUCAGCAGCCCGGAAACAACAACCCUGGUCAGCAGCCCGGAGACAACAACCCUGGUCAGCAAGCCGGCAAGGACGCCAACGAAGACGAGGAGUGCGACGAUGAGGGUGACGACAAGGGUGACAACGGUGCUGCUGGCGGUGACAAGAACCCCAACGGUGACAACGGUGCUGCUGGCGGUGACAAGAACCCCAACGGUGACAACUCUUCUGAAGGUGACGAGCCGGUACCUUACGGUGACGAGACUGGUGACGCCGACAACGGUGCUGCUGGCGGUGACAAGAACCCCAGCGGUGACAAGAACCCCAACGGUGACAAGAACCCCAGCGGUGACAAGAACCCCAACGGUGACAACGGUGCUGCUGGUGGUGACAAGAACCCCAACGGUGACAACGGUGCUGCCGGAGGUGACAAGAACCCCAACGGUGACAACGGUGCUGCUGGCGGUGACAAGAACCCCAACGGUGACAACUCUUCUGAAGGUGACGAGCCGGUACCUUACGGCGACGAGACUGGUGACGCCGACAACGGUGCUGCUGGCGGUGACAAGAACCCCAACGGUGACAACUCUUCUGAAGGUGACGAGCCGGUACCUUACGGCGACGAGACUGGUGACGCCGACAACGGUGCUGCUGGCGGUGACAAGAACCCCAGUGGUGACAAGAACCCCAACGGUGACAAGAACCCCAACGGUGACAACGGUGCUGCCGGAGGUGACAAGAACCCCAACGGUGACAACGGUGCUGCCGGAGGUGACAAGAACCCCAACGGUGACAACUCUUCUGAAGGUGACGAGCCGGUACCUUACGGCGACGAGACUGGUGACGCCGACAACGGUGCUGCUGGCGGUGACAAGAACCCCAGCGGUGACAAGAACCCCAACGGUGACAAGAACCCCAGCGGUGACAAGAACCCCAACGGUGACAACGGUGCUGCUGGUGGUGACAAGAACCCCAGCGGUGACAAGAACCCCAACGGUGACAACGGUGCUGCCGGAGGUGACAAGAACCCCAACGGUGACAACGGUGCUGCCGGAGGUGACAAGAACCCCAACGGUGACAACGGUGCUGCCGGAGGUGACAAGAACCCCAACGGUGACAACGGUGCUGCUGGCGGUGACAAGAACCCCAACGGUGACAACUCUUCUGAAGGUGACGAGCCGGUACCUUACGGCGACGAGACUGGUGACGCCGACAACGGUGCUGCUGGUGGUGACAAGAACCCCAGCGGUGACAACGGUGCUGCCGGAGGUGACAAGAACCCCAACGGUGACAACGGUGCUGCCGGAGGUGACAAGAACCCCAACGGCGACAACUCUUCUGAAGGCGACGAGCCGGUACCUUACGGCGACGAGACUGGCGACGCCGACAACGGUGCUGCUGGUGACAAGGGCGCUAACAAGCCCGACGAUUGCAAGAAGAACAAGGAUGCGUCUGCCGGUGGUGACACCCAGGACUCGAAGGAUGCUCAGGGCGACUCCAAGGCCCCGCAGCCUUAG